AUGCCAUUUAACUUACCUGCCAAUUUCGCGACAAACCCUGAAGCCUUCUUGAGAAAACCUAGACCAUCCCAACUUGUCGAUUCACCACCAGCGCCUGCUCCUCCUCGGUACAACUGGCCGAUUGAAGGAGAAGACGUCAACACGCCCAAUCGGACCCUAAGGACAAUCUAUCCUUCGUCAUCACAUACGCUCGUCACCUCGACCGAACCAGAACCAACCUUGACACCUGACACUCACAUAGUCCGAAAUUUUUUUGAUCGAGCCAAUUUAUCGACACCGUUGGUACCUGGAAGUUUUAUCUUCACACCAAUGGCACAGCCACCAACAGGAUCCUUGCCACGUAUUGGGGAGAUUCCGAACACGGAAGCCAUGUCUCGAGACGAAAUUAUUGAGACGUUGCAGGAGAAGGUUGAACGGUUAGAACACGAGAAGCAGGAAUGGAAGACCAAGCUGGAAGUAGCAGCCGCUGAUCGAGCUCGAAUCGAUGCACUCGAACUGACCAUAUCGCGACUGCUCACUGGAAAAUCGCCCGAGACAGCUCGAAGUACCGGAUCCAACAACCCUUUUGCUGCGUUUCGAAACCAACUUACGACGCCAACUCCAGCAGGACCACGAGAGCAGCGUACUGUCAAUACGGAGAUUGCCCAAGCUUUAACUCAAUCGUCCCCAGUGCUAGCUCAACAGGAUUCACCCAUCCGGCAGGCCUUUAUACGACCCACAGACAGUGUCCAAAGGGAAUCACGACGAGUCUCGUUCACCCAACUCGUAGACCCCGAACUAGAGCGCCAAGCAUCAAGAUAG